GCGGCUUGGCUUCCAGGAGCCGGCAGAAGGAGGAGGGGCUGCCGCGGCUGCUGCUGCUUAACCGGCUGAGCCAGGCGAGCGAGCGAGCAAGCGGUUUCCUUGGCAGGCACCGAGUAUGGCUUCGUCGCAAGGCAAGGUUGAGUUGAAAUUCGCCGACUGGAUGGCAAGUUUGCCCGCAAGCAUCCACAGCGUGCCGCUGGCAAACCUGGCCAUCCCAGGGUCCCAUGAUUCAUUUAGCUUCUAUAUUGAUGAGGCCUCUCCAGUGGGACCUGAGCAGCCAGAAACUGUCCAGAAUUUCGUCUCCGUGUUUGGAACUGUGGCUAAAAAGCUGAUGAGGAAAUGGCUUGCAACACAGACAAUGAAUUUUACAAGCCAGCUUGGAGCAGGGAUACGGUAUUUCGACCUUCGGAUCUCCACAAAGCCCAGAGACCCUGAUAAUGAACUCUACUUCGCUCAUGGUUUAUUCAGUGCCAAAGUCAACGAGGGCCUGGAGGAGAUCAGUGCCUUUCUCAAUGACCAUCAUAAAGAAGUGGUCUUGUUGGACUUCAACCACUUCUACGGGAUGCAGAAAUGCCACCAUGAAAAACUGGUUCAAAUGCUCAAAGACACAUUUGGGAGUAAAAUGUGCCCAGCCAUCUUUGCCCAUGAAGUCUCUCUCCAAUACCUGUGGGAGAAGGAUUAUCAAGUUUUGGUGUUUUAUCACAGUCCAGUGGCUUUAGAGGUCCCAUUUCUAUGGCCAGGACAGAUGAUGCCAGCUCCGUGGGCCAACACAACUGAUCCAGAAAAGUUGAUUCAGUUUCUCCAGGCAUCCAUCACUGAGCGAAGGAAGAAGGGCUCUUUUUUUAUAUCUCAGGUGGUCUUGACUCCAAAGGCUAGCACAGUGGUCAAGGGGGUCACCAGUGGUCUUAGAGAAACAAUCACAGAAAGAGCUCUCCCUGCCAUGAUGCAGUGGGUCCAGGCUCAGACACCAGGUGAAAGUGGCAUCAACAUUGUCACCGCAGACUUUGUAGAACUCGGCGAGUUUAUCAGCACAAUCAUUAAACUCAACUACAGCUUGGAUGAAGGUGAAGCUGAUACAACCUGAUAGUAAUGUAAUGUGUACAACAUGCGCCACAGUUGAACUUUUUUUCCAGUUGUGUUAGGUUAGGUUGUAAUCUUGUAACCACAGAUUUUGCAAGCACAUGCUGAACAUUAUCAUUUUCUUUUGAAAGUGUCGAGGAAUUGGACAGAAUAGGCAAAAAGGGGGACAUUUUUAUAAGUUGUAAUAAUUUCCUGACAUUGAUGCAACUGUAUUUCUUGAAACCCAGUCAGGAUUCAUUAUUUAAGUUAUCAUAAUUCAGAAAGCCAUUAAUAAAUUUUCUGCCAGCAACCAAUGUGCUUUUGGACGUAUAUACGUAUGAUCAUUGCUAAGCUUAAUUCAUAAAUGGCAGCCAUUUACUGUCCUUUAUGCAAUACAUUCCCAUUUCUAUUAGGAAUUUUGCUAAUGGAUGAGAACUGUACAUUAUCAUAUCAAGGUGUAGCAUCUGCCAGUGUACUCCAUUAAUUAAUGUUGAAUUAAUUGGUGGCAUCAGCUUGGUUCUGCUCAAGUGGAAGGGAUAGGCCAUCAAUAUUAAUGACUAAUCCCAACUUAACAAGUUAUUUUAGUUCCACUGUCUACUAUGUGCACAUUUUCUGGAAAUUCAGAAUAUUUGAAUAUUUUUUUCACUUUUUUAAAAAAGGGAACAUUACAUUCUUAAUCUAACUUUGUCUUCUUGCAAUUGGUGGACUGUGUGCCAUUGAUUAUUGGGUAAAAAGGAAUAGAAAACAUUGAAUAGUGGCAUUAGAGUAACACUAUAGAAUGGCAUUACCAUUAUUAGAGAACGGCCUAUUGUUCUCUUUUACUGCAUAUUUAACCUUUUGAAUUAUAUUUCAAUAUAUUUAGUUGAGUUAUUAAACGAAAUCAUUAUUACUUAUGGGUCAAUGAUCACCAUCAGUCACAUAGAGAUAAAUCAUAUUUACACAGCAUUCAAAAGAGAUAAUAAAAAAGACCAAACACUUCUCCAGCAACCAAUAUCCAGAUAAGUAGGGAUUAUCAUCAAACAAAUAACGAAACAGAAAACAAUAUCCUAAUCGAGAACUACUAAGGAGAACACACAUACACACCCAUCAACACUGGCAGAUUAAGCUCUGUAUAUAAAACAGGGAAUAAAUCCCACAUUCACUCACACUGAUGAUGUUACCUAAUUCGGUAAUGAAACGUUUGCAAGCAAACAACCAAGCGCAAAAAAACACCAAGGACACAACAGUUCUACCCGAAGCUGCAUCUAUUCUCUUCUAUUUGGAAGAUUGUCAGGAUAUAGAGAAUAAUAUAAGAUUGGAUCUAUAUUUAGCCAUGCUUAGAGAAUCAUUGAAAUCAUGAACUGAUAUGUCACAUCGAUUUCGCUGAUCAUCUCUCAGCCUGACUAGGUACAAAUCCACACUGUCUUUUUGUAGAACUCAGAAUUUGUACCUCCAAAUAUGGAUUUUGAUUACACAUAAAAGCAGCAUGCAUUUCUUUUUAACAUCCAGAGAAAAGUAUUUUCCCCGCAUGUUUGAAGCAAAAAAAUAGAAAAGUAUAUUGCUUCAAGAGCAUAAGCAGAAUAGUUCAGGGAGCAUUAAUAAUACAAAGCUAAUUUUUCAUUGUCAGAGUGAAAGAACACUAAAAUCUUAAAAGCAACAUGUAGUAAUUACAAUAGAAAAUUCUACCACUCACUUGCCUCAUAAGGGAAUAUCCAAAUACUAAGAGAUGAAAUAGUGAAAUAUGUUAAUUAGGAGUGAAUAACCUGCAGCCCCUUUACCUUUUAUUCAAAUAAUAAUUCCCCAGCACAAACCCAGUUGCUAUGACUGGAGAAGACUCCACCAUGUUAUAGAGCAAUCUUUCUUAAGUUCAGCAACUUUCAGGUGUGUGGAUUCCAAUUGCCUAUGUUGGUUGGGCAAUUCUGGGAGCUGAAGUCUUAACAGAACAGAAUAACAGAAUUGGAAGGGACCUUGUAGUUCUUCUAA